CUGGAUCAGUGGACCGUCCUUCGUGACGUUUGUCUUUUUUUAAAGACAGGACGCCUCGGGUCUGCAUUGAGUCUCCACAGAUCUUUUAACUAAGUAGGCUGUCAGCAGACGGAUUUUCUCUGCACUCAAAGCGGUCCAUCACUGAUGCCCCGGUGAAUCUUCAGGUAUAUCGAUUGUAACAACCAUGGCACACAGUAAUCUGCGAUCAGCUUCCCCCUCUGCUCUCGGUGAUGUCAACCUGGGACCUUCAGCAAACCCUCACGCCAGACCGACUGACUUUGACUUCUUGGCUGUCAUUGGUAAAGGGACCUUUGGAAAGGUCCUGCUCGCCAAGCUGAAGGCUGACAACAAGUUCUACGCCGUCAAAGUGCUGCAGAAGAAAAUCAUCCUGAAGAAGAAAGAGCAAAAGAACAUCAUGGCUGAGAGAAACGUUCUGCUGAAGAGUCUGAAACAUCCGUUUCUGGUUCGGCUCCACUAUUCCUUUCAGACGUCAGAGAAGCUUUACUUUGUUCUUGACUACGUCAACGGUGGAGAGCUGUUCUUCCACCUGCAGAGAGAAAGGUGUUUCUCAGAGCCCAGAGCGCGGUUCUAUGCAGCUGAAGUUGCAAGCGCAAUCGGCUACCUUCACUCUCUCAACAUCGUCUACAGAGAUUUGAAGCCAGAAAAUAUUCUUUUAGAUUCUCAGGGUCAUGUGGUGCUGACAGAUUUUGGACUCUGUAAAGAAGGUGUGGAGCCAGAAGGAACAACGACAACGUUCUGUGGCACUCCAGAGUAUCUGGCACCAGAGGUUCUCCGUAAAGAACCAUAUGACAGGACGGUGGACUGGUGGUGUCUGGGAGCAGUUCUUUAUGAGAUGGUCUAUAGCCUGCCUCCCUUCUACAGCCGUGACGUGGGUGAGAUGUAUGACGGGAUCCUCCACAAGCCGCUGUUUCUGCCACCGGGAAAGUCAGAGGCCAUCCGCUCUCUGCUCGUGGGUCUUCUGCAGAAAGACCCGCACAGACGUCUCGGGUCUAUUGCUGACUUUCUGGAAAUAAAGAACCACUCUUUUUUUACUCCAAUCAACUGGGAUGACCUUUACCACAAGAGAAUUACUCCUCCUUACAAUCCCAAUGUGCGAGGCCCUGCCGACACUCAGAACAUUGAUCCAGAGUUCACCAGGGAAAUGGUUCCAAACUCAGUCAGUCAGACCCCAGACCUCAACGCCAGUUUCAGCUCCAGCAACGCAUUCCAUGGUUUCUCCUUUGUUGCUACAGAAGACAGCUUUCUGUGAGGCGCAUAGUCCCUGACUGUCGUCUUGUAUUAACGUGAAAAAAAACAAACAAGCUUAUGUUGGAGUAGGGAGUCAUCACUCCCCGGAGUUUGGACCUCACAAAUAUCGCAGCUCCUCAUGUGACUCUGCCGGCAUCCUUUAGGGCGUGAAGCAGAGAGGGAGACGGAGGAGGAUGGAGACAUUUAGAGUUAAACACAUUAUGUGACUUACUUUUAGAAAUUUCAACACAAAGACAAAGCCAGCUAUUAAAGCAGAAUCUUUAAACUCAUUAGAUUUUAUUUACGGUAAUAGUUUUUCUUUUUGGUGGAAGUUUUUGAGUAACAGACUAUGAUACAUGAAAAAAAGGUAUUUCCAACAGUGUAUUCAGUCUAAUUGGUUAACACAUUGAAAUCUAGCUCUCCUAUUAUUGCUAGACCAACGAACACAAAACACUGGAUUUACACAAGAUUAGUUUCUUUAUACAUUCACUUUAUUAUAGUGCAUCAUUUUGAAAAUAAUUAAAAGAGACAGCAAAAUAGGAAAACAUGAUCUUUACUAAAAUUUGUCUCCAUUAUUUCUCAUUAAAUUUGAGCAAAAUUCUGCAUUUUACUAUAUGACUUAGAGAAGAAUAUCUGGAAAUUAGAUGCUUAUUUAAAAAUACAAAUGGGAGACUUUUAAUCUAACAUGUCACAGGGGACAAAAUCACAAAUGGCAUCAAUAGCUCAAACUUGACCUUUUUACCCUUUUCAUACUCUAUUAAAGAUGGCUUUUGUUCAUACUUAUGAGUAAAAUCCCAGGAGAUGCUCAAAUGAACUGUAAUCAAUAGACGUUGUGACGCAGUGGUUGCUGCUCAUCACAAAACUGUUGUUUGAGAAAUGCUUUUUCCGUAUGUGCAAUGAUGUAGAAUAAAUACUCCAUGUACAGUUGCAGUCCAGACAUAUAUUAGUACAAUUUCUAUUAUUAAUAUAUAUUCUGUUUUCAUAAAUAAAAUGUCAGAAGUUUCUUUUAAUAGAUGUUUUAGACUGUAAACAAGUAGAUUUGUUCAUUUAGAUUUAGAGGAACAGUGUUGUUGAAAUGAAGAAACUGUGUCAGAUGUGUGAAUGAAUGUACAGCAAAUGAUGUGAUAAGUUCAUGUGUAUUGUGAUAAGAUGUGUUGGACAACAGAUAUUGUAUGUUUUUUUUAUCCCAAUUUUCUUAAAUAAAUGUCUAGUGAAAUUUGUACGUUUUGUUAAAAAAUGGUUGCAGGUUCUACUUCUGUCAGGCUCCUUGACAGGCAACAAACAGACUCCUGGCCGCGCUAACCUUUCAAGCUAGAACUCUGUGUACCUGACUCUUCUAGACAAUUACAGUAAACAGAUCUGUUGGUGCUUUUCAUAACCGGUGACCCGGUCGGACGCCAGCAGUGGACUGAGGACAUUCAUAGCAAAAAUCCAUGUGUGACUGUGUAUAUAGAAAACCUGUAAAUAAAUCAAGCAGGUGUCAAAAUAUUGUCAUGUACUUUUGAAUAAAGAACAUAUUGUGACAUGUCA